AUGUAUGAAACUGACGUUCAAGAUGAGUCGUACAGGGAGCCCCACCUACAAGACGAAAGCAAAGCCCACUACUUGACCAUCAAAUUCCAUCUUCAUGAGCUCUUGAUAACAAGCGACCGCCUCUGCUCGCUUGUCGGACAGCUAACAUCGCCGGAACCAUGUGCUAUACGGCUACAAAAGCUCGGACCACUGCUUCCUGAUUUGCUUGAGGAAGUCGCAAAGAUCAUUCAGCGGCAGACAGAGUUGACGGUUAUUGUGCAGGACCUGUUACAACAGAUGCCGAGUGGAGCUGAGAAUAGUGGUGGUAGUGCGCCGUUAAAUGUCUUCCUUAGCAAGUUAUAG